UAAUAAGAUGUCAGAUUUGUGUUGACGAUUUUUUUGGUCCGACUGAUGUUCAACCCGGUCCGUCCAACCCGAUCGGCUUGACACUCCUAAGAUAUCCCGAGCGAGGAGCAAACCGCGAUCAUCAGGCCUUGUUCGUGGAUCUGGAUAAUCUAUAUUGCUCGCCAGGAUCACCCUAACUCAGUCCCCACGGUAGUACUUCGAGACAAAGUAAAACAAAAGAGUACAAAUAUAACAUCGAGAUAUCGAGGUCCGAGAAUCAUCCUCUUUGGUCCUCUCCAGCUUCUUCCAACGGCCAUGGCGGCGCCGGCGAAGACGGCGGAGUACGAGUUCGAGUGGGGCCCGUCUCCGGCGACUCCCGACAUUUCCCCGCUAGCGAGGAUCACCCACGACAUCAGCCCCCCUCUGAUCGCCAUGAUCGCCGUCGUCGGCACCGCCCUCGUCAUCGUCCUCUGCGCCCGCAUCCUCUCCCGCUACCUCCACCGCUGGCGCCGGUGGAGGCGCCGCCGACUCCUCCUCCAAUCCACUGCCGCAGUCUCCGACCUCGAAUCCCCCCCUCCACCCGCCGGCGGUGCGUCUUUCGGCUCCUCCUCCGGCUACUUCCUUUCCCCCUACGGCCUCGAUGAUUCCGCGAUCAAGACCCUCCCCCUCUCCCUGUACUCCAAGUCCAGGGCCAAACACCUCGCCGCCACCAAUCGGGAGUGCGCUGUGUGCCUCCUCGAGUUCGAGGACGACGACUCCCUCCGCCUGCUCCCCCUCUGCUCCCACGCCUUCCACGUCGAUUGCAUCGACGUCUGGCUCCGAUCGCAUGCCUCCUGCCCCCUCUGCCGCGCUGCCGUAUUCCACUACGCAUCCCCUUUCGUCCCGAUGGGGGCCGCCCGAAUCCGCCCCAGCCUCGAUGAUCUCCUCCUCGAUCCACCGCCCGAGUUCCCGCCGCCGAUGCCCGAUCCUGAAACCGAGAUCGUCCCCGCCGCCGCCGCCUCCCCGCCCUCGAUCCGCGGGGUCGACCGAUUCGGCUUCCGGGAUUUGGAUUUCCUUCUGAAACGGUCUUAUUCUCUCGGAUUCGAGCGGAGCCUGGCGGCCGAUCGGAUGGUCCACGACGCCUCCACCGCCUCGCCGUGGCGGUAACCGUACCGGAGUUUCUGGAGCAAGCAGUGGCCGUCGCCGUUCGGAGGCUUUGCCGGGGGCGGCUCCUCCUCCGCCUCCUGGGCGGCGAUGGGUUUUUCGUACCGAUCCUACCGGAGCGUCGCCGGGAAAUCGCCAUCCUUCCAGCGGCGGGGGUUCUUCCAGCUCUCGUCGGACCCGAACAUCCGGCUGAGGGGCGUCGCGGGGGCCGUCGUUCCGGCUGAGCCACUUGAUGACGAGCCCGUCAGCGCCGACGGAGCUUCUGUGGCCGGAGAAGCUGAACCGACGGUAGCCGGUCGCAGCGGCGUGCGCUGACCUGGAGUCGGCGGUGGCAGGAGAGGGGCCCGACGGAUGGGGUCAUCAGCCGGAGCGCUCUCAAUUGUGCGUUGCAUGCGAGAUAUUAAUGAGUUGCCGGUUUCUUUGGGGAAAGUAGAGAAAAAGACGUGUUAUUGUUCUCUAUUCUCUCGUCUUCGGUCUUCGUGGAGGACGAGCGUUCGUCGGUUAUGAAGGAGUAGCGGGACGGAAGAGAUGGGAGCGCGCGAUGGAGACGUUGGCGUCGCGGCUCCGGAGGAACGAUACGGGUUGAGAUCGCGGCAUCGUGUUUCGGUGCCGCCGUGCCGGUGCUGGCGCCGGUAACGGUUUUCGGUGGACCGACCUUGUUUACCGGGCGGACGUCGUGCCAUAGAAACAUUUAUGCGGAUCCAUGAUCCGCUAUCGAUUUUACCACCGAAGUACGUGCCGUUUGCUUACGCGGGUGUUCUCAGAUCCCAAGCCAGUAAAAAGAACUCCAUAUUGCACGCCGCCCUGUAUUGAUAUUUUUAAAAGGACUAUAUCACAGAAUUGGGGAAAACAAUAAUAGAACAAAUCUACUAUGGGAAUUGGCUUUUCUGUAUGGUUCAUAGUCAUGCUUGUGUGGUUAAAUUUAAUCUUUAUCUCAAAUAAGAGAAUUAGACUUAGUAUAUAUUGAAACCAGGUAUGGACAUGUGCGAAAAUGCUACAUGAUAUUGUUCAGAAAAACCUAUUUACAAUUUGAUCUCAUAUAACCGUUGUCUUUUGGUUUUGCAACAGAUUAAGUGCCUUAGGAGUAUGAAGGAUUCUGUUUUGAUUCUUGGAGCAUUAAUUUUA